AUGUUCGCUGCCAGAACUGCCUUACGGUCGUUGACUCUCAACGGGGCACGCCGGUACUCUUCAGCAACGCCCGCGUCCAAGAGCUCGUCCAAUCUCCCUUUCUAUUUGUUGGGCGCCGGCGUCGCUGCUGCUGGAGGCUACUACUAUGUCAAUUUCAGCGAGAAAGCAAAGCCUGUCGUUCAACAGUUAAAGAGCCCCCUCGACCCAGAGAACUUUGUGGACUUUAAGCUCAAGAGGGUAGAGCCCUACAACGACAAUACGGCCAAGUUUGUAUUCGAGCUCCCCAACAACGAAGCGUCGCUGCUGCCCGUAGCCUCUUGCCUCGUCGUGAAAUCAUCCGACCCCAAUGCCCUGGUCAACGACCAAGGAAAGCCAAUCAUCCGCCCGUACACACCCAUCUCGCCUCCGGACCUUCCCGGGGAACUGACACUUAUGGUAAAAAAGUACGACACCGGGAAUGCAUCAAAAUACAUCCAUUCACUCAAGGAAGGAGACUCGCUCGCAAUCAAAGGACCUAUCCCCAAAUGGCCCUAUAAGAUUAAUGAAUUUGAUGAGGUUGCGUUGAUUGGAGGAGGCAGUGGCGUCACUCCCCUUUACCAAAUCCUAACCCAUGCCCUCGCGGAUAAAUCUAACAAAACCAAGUUCACGCUCCUCUUUGGUAACAUCGCCGAGAAAGACAUCUUGCUCCGCGAGGAAUUUGACGCCCUGAAGAAGCAAUUCCCGGACAAGUUCGAUGUUGUGUACUUCCUUGAUAAGCCGGAGGCCAACUGGAAGGGAGCUAAGGGAUUCAUUGGGAAGGACGCUCUAACUAACUAUGUCGCCCCGCCAACCCUCGGUGAAAAAGUCAAGGUGUUCGUUUGUGGACCUCCUGGUCAAGUAGCUGCUCUCGCUGGUAAAAAGGCGGGGAUGAAGCAGGGCGAGCUUGGUGGCAUACUCAAGGAACUUGGUUACACUGAAGAUCAAGUUUACAAAUUUUAG